AUGGCCCUUCACAAAGUUUUGGGAGAGAUUUUGGAAGGCCUUCAGGGCCCUGCACAAAACGGUGAGCUUAUAGCGUGCGCUGAUGGCUACGAUCGCCUGUGUUUCCCUAUACUAUGUGCCUGGGUUGCCGAUCAGCCAGAACACGCCUCGCUACAAAAUAUCAACAAUCAUGCCUGCCCACGAUGUGAGGUUGAUUUCAAAGGCUUGGGAAGCCUUCGCGAAAGCCCGCCACGGAUUCAGGAGCGAUAUGUUGAGAUCGUAAAGGAAUAUGAGGAUAAUAGGUCUAACGCAGCACCCGUGGAAUACCUUGUAUCAAAGUCUUUAAAGACCCUCUACAAUGCCUUUUGGGCCUUGCCGAGGACCAGCGCCUAUGAUCUCCACAAGCCCGACAUACUACAAAAUAUCUACCUGGUACUAUUGAAACACAUCAUGGAGUGGGUUCAGGGGUUUCUUAAGAAACACAAUCGAAUAGAGGAGUUUGAUCGAGCUUGGUACUCCAUCGGGCCUUAUCCAGGGCUCGCUGCAUCAGCAAGCUCGCCUAUUACCCAGGGCGCAGCCCCUACGUCCUGGCGGGCAUUCUGCGCCACGAGCGCCCAGCGCGUCCGGCACCGCCAGAGUACAACCUUCGCGCCAGGCUCCGCCGCAGGACCGUCCCACUCUCUGGGACCGCCAGGAGAUAUGGCUCACGUCUGGAGGGCACUCGCCAAUGCUCUGGUCGCCUGGGCCGCCAUGAGAUUCCCUCCCCCUCCGGAGACGCUAGGAUGGAGUGACUCCGCCCACAGCACCUAG